CCUGCUCCACGGGCUCCCUUAUCUCCCUGGACAUCACUUCCUCACCGCUUCCUGGCUGGAAGGGGAUGGGAAUGGGUCUGGCUUGGGGCGUGCAGGAGGGGGACGGCGGCAGGAAACGCCUGCCCAGUAAGAAGCCCCUCCCUCUUGAGUAGGGAUGGCUUCCAUGUCCCGGCCCCUCAGCUGCUUAUUCCCCACAGCUCCCAGCAGCGUGUGGGCUGGAGUUCUGGGGCUCGCCUUUGUCCUGCUGGACACACACUGCCCACAGACAGUGACCUUCCCUUGCCCUGGAACCCCCUCGCUCGCCACUGCAGCACAGACAAGAUUAGCUCCCUCGGGAGCAUGGAAAGCCUGGACCAGGGUGGGCAGACCUUCUACGAGGGCAGCCUCUCUCCCAUCGACCAGACCAUGUACCACAACAAGCGGGACUCUGCCUACAGCUCCUUCUCGGCCAGCUCCAACGCCUCUGACUCCGCCCUGCGGUCCGAGGACGGCGGUGUCCCUGAAGGCCUCCCACCGGACCCCCGCUACCUGCAGACCAGUGGGGAAGCUGCGGCGGCAGUGGUGGGACUACACGCCUUGCCCAGCCGGCCUGCCCCCAGUGCCAGGACAGCCCCCCCCCCCUGCCCUCAGGACAGUCCCUUCCUCAGAGCUGUCGUGUCCGCCCCUCCCCAGCCACCAGUGAGGCAGGACAGCCUGCGAGCCUGUAACCCACCCCCAACCGAUGCAGGCGGCCAUAGGAAGGACUCCCCCCACCACCUCAAGGCCCGCUGGACCUCAGACACGCUCCUUUCUGUACAAGGCAGGGACCCCGAGUUGGGCAAGGAGUCGCCCACAGAGCAUUACUACCUGCUGAGUUCUCAUGCCGACCAGCCCACCCCCAUGGAGAAGGAAGCCCAGAGGGCCAGCUCCCUUCUGGGUGAGGAGAGCAGUGGGGAGCACCCCUUGGGCAGCCAGGACCCCUUCAUGACCAAGCCAGGCACCCCCGAGGGUGCCUGCCCGCCCCACUGGAAGGCCUGCUGGGCUGGAGCACUGAGCCAUCGUCGCAGUGCCCCAGAGCACCUACUGGCGGCCCAGCUGCAGGCUCUGAACGUCUCCUGCCCCCAGGAGGGCUCCCACUGGACUGUGUCUCCGCUGCACAUGGAGCAAAGGAGCACCCCAGGGGCCCAGCAGAGUCAGGACUCCCCCAGAAAGGCGCAAAGCCCCCAGGCCCAUUCCACAAGCAGCCGCUGCCACAUGAGGCCAGAACGACCCAGGAGUGUCGAACUGGCAUCCUCCCCGCUUCUGCAGCCCACUGGAGACGCCAGCACAGGCCUGAAGGAGGCGCCCAGCAUGGAGGUAUCAGCAGAGGCGGGGCAGGAGGGGGAAGGAAGCAGCGCGGGCACCAGGAAGGGGGGCUCGCCUCAGCACCGCUCGGCCCACAUGCGCCGGCGCAGCAACCGCUUUGCCACCAACUUGCGGAACGAGAUCCAGUGGCGCAAAGCGCAGCUGCAAAAGGCGAAGGGCUCUGCUCUGCUGCUGGAGGAGGCGGGGGAGCCCAGCCAGGAGGCGGGGGAGCCCCCCGGCAGCCCCCCUGCCCCUCCUUCCCUACCCCGCUCUCCUCCGCCUCCCUUGCCCAAGGGCCAGCCUCCUGGCUUGACUCAGCCUAGAGUGCUGCUUCCCAGGCACUGGGGCUCCGAGCUGAGUGUCCUUGCAGCGGACGGUGGUCUUCCCGGCCCCAGCAAGUGGAAGGUCCCUCUGCCACAGGGAGCUCCUUCGCCUGGAGGAAGUUGAGGGGGCCGCUGGCGGUGGUCACCAGAGCACAAGCUGCAGCCCCACCGUCAGAGCCAGCAGGUGGCUGGUUCUGGGAGCCCCUUGCCGCCCCCUGAGGACUCUGGCCUCCUGCCUUUCGCCGACCGGAGGAAGUUCUUCGAGGAGACUAGCAGACCCCUUUCCUCUGGGGGCUUCGGCUGCCAGAACAACAGGCCCGUGGGUGUACCCCUCCCCAGGGUGGUGGCCCAGGACUCCUUCCAGCCAGCCAGCUCCGAGCACAGGGACCAGCGCCGCCACUCUGCGGACCAGCCCUACAGGCUCCCGCAGCCCCCGCCACCCCACACCUACCAGGACUUCCUUCCAGAGGGGCCUGCCUUUUGCAAGCCAUUGGCCCAGUGCGGGGGAGACUGUGAUCGCUGGCGCCCCAUUCCCUGCCCGCGUGCAGCCCGGGAAGCCUGUUGCUAUGGGGAUCGGUGCCCCGCAACUCAUCACAGGAACAUGCCGGCAGCACCUGGCCCCUGGGGGGCCCACCACUGCCACUCGCACGCCUGGAAUCGCUGCAGCGACUGCUGCUGCUGCUGCCCAGCACAGCACAAGUUCUCGGAGGAGGGGAGACCGUGGCAUGCGAGGAAGACCUUUCUAGCGGACUUUUCCGUGGGUGAUUGGGAGCCCCCUGCACCCAGAAGGAAGACGACGAGCCCAUCAAUGAGUGAACUCGCACAACACAAGGUGGGCUUUGCCAGGCUCAGCCCCUUCUGGACCUGCUCGGAGGCCUCCGAGGCAGAAUCGCACCCUCCCUGCCUCACCUGGGACAGCAAGAGGCCUGGGCGAGCAGCAGAGAACCCGGACCACAAAGAGGACCCUGCCAGCCCUCACAGACACCCCCUGCGCGAAAGGGCCUACUCAGAGAGCCACCUCUGCGCAGAGCAGGCUGGUGCUUCCAGGAGGGAGAGGCGAGAAGCACCCCUGGCCAAGCUGGAGGAGGAGACCCGGCUGGACUCUCCCCGGGCCGCCAAGCAAAAGGGCCCGCCCCCUCCACGGCCCCCACCACCACCAAACUGGGAGAAAUACCGCCCCCGUCGUGCCUCCCACAGCCACCUGCUUCCCCCCAAGGCUGGCCCCCACCCCCACCCCCACCUGGAAGAAGCCUGUGCCUACAGCCAGAGCAGCAGUGAGGUGGCACGGCAGAGGUCUCAGAGCCUGCCUCUGGAGCAGCUGUGGGGGGAGGCCAGCCAGCAGCUCAGCCCCAGGCCUCAGGAAGUCCCCCACUCCCCCUAUCAUUACGACAGUUCACCACGCCGGACCCCAGAGUGGGCAGCGCCAGAUGGGAGCAGCCAGAGUGGGUCAUCCAGGCCUGCAUGUUCCCUGGAGGAGGCAGCAACGCCCCCGUGGGAAAAGGGGAAGGACGGAUCGCCCAGCAGGACCCCCGAGUCGGUGUCAGCCAGCCCCUCCAGCCUUGCCUCCAAGGAGCUAGAGGGGGUUGAAGGAGAUGCCUGCCACCCAGGUAUGGUGGGUCCGGUGCCCCCCUUCCGCCUGAACUCAGAGGAGCUGAUGAGGGAUGUGGCAGGCAGGGACCGCUCCCUAGCCGGAGUGCUCAGCCCCACCUUGGGUCUGGUGACCGCAGCGGAAGUGAUGGGCGACCUCUUCUCCCCCGGUGAGGGUGCUGUGUGGCAGGGGCACGGCUGGCCCCCUCAGGCUGGUGCUGUGGGACUCUCGGCGAGGCAACCCAGCCAGCCCGUCUCCCCAACCUGUGUGGGAGCUGCCAGCCCCAACUCCUCCGGCUCUGCCUACUAUAACCUGUCGGCUGGCAAGGCUGAGCUACUGAACAAGAUGAAGGAGUUGCCUGAGGGAGCUGGAGCCAGUUCGGAGGAGGAAGAGGUGGACCACGACCUGGCCAGGAAGAAGGUGCAGCUGAUUGAGAGCAUCAGUCGGAAGCUGGGGGUGCUGCAGGAGGCUCAGCGGGGCUUGCAUGACGACAUGAAUGCCAAUAUGGUGCUGGGCAGAGAGGUGGAGAGCCACGUCAAGGGGGUCUGCAAGCCGCAUGAAUACGAGAAGUUCCGCCUCUUCGUCGGGGACCUGGAGAAGGUGGUCAACCUCCUCUUGUCCAUCUCAGGGCGGCUGGCAAGGGUGGAGAAUGCCCUCAGUAGCCUGGACCUGGAUGCCACUGCGGAAGAGGAGAAGCUGGCCCUCCUGGAGAAGAAGCGGCACCUGAUGGCACAGCUGGAGGAUGCCAAGGAGCUGCAGGAGCACGUCUCCCGCCGGGAGCGCUUGGUCUUCGCCAGUGUCUCACGCUGCCUGCCGGUGGAGCAGCUGCAGGACUACCAGCACUUUGUGCGCAUGAAGUCGGCACUCGUCGUUCAGCAGCGGCAGCUGGAGGACAAGAUCAGACUGGGCGAGGAGCAGCUGCGCUGCCUGCGGGAGAGCCUACGCAGGGGACCCAGGGAGCACUAACCAAAGCCACCUGGGCUUUUCUGCACCGCAGGGGCCUGGGCUAGAGGACCCUCAGGGUCCUCUCCAACUGUACCAAUUCCUAUUCAGGCUAGCUUUGUGCUCACAGUGCCUUCUUGCUCUCAGGACAAUUAUUGUUGCCAAAGAUUGCUAUGCCAGAUCACUGCAUCCCCACAACCUCCUCUUCCAUGGCUGGGGUUGGGGGCUCAACCAAAGUGUGCUUUGCUAGGAAGGCAUUGACACCUGCUGCUCAGGAAGGCGAGGGAGGGGUUCCUGGAGCUCCACUGAGAUGAGGACUCCCAGGGAGGCAGCCAUCUUUCCAUCUUUCUCCCCUCUGGAGCCACCAAGCACCCAGCCAAGGAAGCAUGGGCGUAGGCAGGGGGGCAGGAGGGGGCAAUUGCCCCCCCUAGAAGCAGGGCCGCUGGCCAGCCUGCCCCACUGCCCGCCCGGUGCCGUCUCCCUUCUCCCUGGCUGGCUGUGGGGCGGGCGGAGGGAACGCCAGGCAAACGCUUUGCGCCGCUCUGGGGCUUUCCCUCCACCUGCCCCGGCGAUUGCAGAGGGGGAGGAGGGGAUCGGAGCAGCCCGAUUUCGGGCUGAUCCUGGCUCCCCCUCGCCCCUGCCGAUCGCGGAGGGGGAGGAGGGAGCCGGAGCAGCCCGAUUUCGGGCUGAUCCUGGCGCCCCCUCGCCCCUGCCGAUCGUGGAGGGGGAGGAGGGAGUCGGAGCAGCCCGAUUUCGGGCUGAUCCUGGCGCCCCCUCGCCCCUGCCGUUCGAGGGGUGGGGUUACUGGGAUGGGCCAACACAAACUUCAGCCACAUCUCUCGAGGGCGACAUCAUGUCCUGCACCUCUCGCUGGUAUGCUAAGCUUAGGACGUGUUGUGGUGGCUGCAGAGGAGUCUGUGCCCCUUCCCCUGCCCCCUGGAAGUGGCUUCUCUGCAAGUAUACUAAAUUCCAUAAUCCAGCCUAUGGCUGACAAACCAGUUGACCUACAGCUUGCCUGGGUUCUUCAAGAUGUGGAUCCUUAUAUUACUCUACAGGUUGCUAAAUUCCUAACAGCCGUCCUCUCGUACAAGAGACGGAGUGGAAUGUUAGCAGAUAAUUUAUAGUUAUAAGAAUUUUCUAUAAUGACAUCAGAUAUUGAUUUUAGCGUAGUGCCUAAAUUUUUAAUCAUAUUCUUAAACUUUUCUUUUUAAUUGUUAAUAUUUGUCCUUGUGAGCUGUGAAUUGUGUUAUAUUAUUUGUGGCUUGAACGAGUCCGCUGUUUUAUUUGAUUUAUUUUGUUGUGUUGUGUUUUAUGAUGGGCGUAAAGCCAAAUAAACAUCCUCCUCCUCCUCCUCCUCCUCCUCCUCCUUCUUCUCUGCAAGGGUGGGGGUUUUUGUGGGAGGGAG